GUCGCCCGCCCGCCCUGACGAGCACGCAUCGCAUCACAGGUUUCCCCGAGCACUGCGAAACUGCCAACCGACUCAUGGACACUGUUUGACAUAUCAAAAUGUCGUUUAGAAAUUAUUAUAACACAUCAUCGUACGGCCGGAGUCGAGACGCGGCAAGAAGCGCGACCAGCAUAUCAACAGACCGGCCUACUUCCGUCACUGCCAAAUACUCCAGCGUAACCCCCUCAUACAAGUCUAGUAUCCCUGUUCUGAGCCCCGAGAGAUCUCAGGAUGAAACCCACAUUUCACCCAUUACAAAUCGAUUUGCCAAUUACAGUAAAGCGGAAAAAUCUACUUCUAAAUACGAUAAGAAAGAUUACAACGAAAAAAGUAACUCAAAAUUUGACAAAAAAGAUUAUGAAAAACCAACUUCUAAGUACGACAAACUAACUACUAAGUACGAUAAGAAAGAUUAUGAUAAGUCAAGCUCUAAGUUCGAGAAAAAAGACUACAUCGAAAAACCUUUCUCUAAGUACGAUAAAAAAGAUUACGUUGACAAGUCACUCUUAAAAUACGAAAAGAAAGAUUUCAACAAACUUACCAUACCGUCGUUAACAACCAACCGGAGUCGAGACGUUAGCCCUGUAUCGACGUCAUCAAAAUACAGCCUCACUCGGCAAUCACGACAUUUAAGCCCUGACCGAAGAACGAACAAAACUUUUAAAGAGAAAAGCCGAGACCCUAGCCCAGCGGAUCGUGAAAAAGACAUUCCAAAUAAGACUGAUAAGUCCUCAGGUUACAACAGCCUGUCGAACUUCAAAUUAUACCCUCGUUCCUCAAAUUAUACUCGAUCUGCCUCAAGAGAAUCUAAACCUGAACUAACUGUUAACCGAUAUUCGAUAGCCAAUCGUUUAUCGUCAAAUUAUCUUAGAAGCCCACCCACAAUUAACCGAACUUCUGUAUCACCAGUAAACCUUAACGAAAUACCGAGAGAAAAACUGAAGAGUGACAACGAACAAUGUAUAUCGCCAGUGGCGCUUACAGAAGAAUCCAGCGGACCACAAAAAGAAUCAGAACAUAAAGUUAUAGGAAAUGAUAUUGAAAUUGUAAUUGAAAACGAAGAUGAAAAUGAGACUGAAACAUUUACCGUUGUAACUAGACACACUUCCCCUACCCCACCAGGUUCCUCAGCAUACGUAAGAGCUAGAAGGGCAGACAUGGCUAAAACUGUUGAAAAAACACUAACUAGACCAAAGAAAAGAUCAGAAAUGACUGACAGAGAAAUACAAACUGAUAGGUUGGACGACUCUACACGUUCCAGCAGAUUUGCCAGCACUGCUAGGUCGAGCAUUUCAAAUUGGUCAGUAUACACCCCAAGUGCUACCAAUUACACAGGUUAUGCAGGUAGAUUUUCUACUCAGUACCCUUCAUUACGGGAAAAAUCAGGAGGUUCUUAUAGCGACAGAAGCAGUAGAAGCCACAGUACUGAAAGAAUUCUUAAAGAUUCAGAUUUAAACACACAUUCUGAAAAUAUCCAAAACAACGAUACAACAGGAUCUGCUAACAAUAUAUCCGAAUCUGAUCAGGGUAUCAUAUCUGUAUACGAGGACAAAGACGAUGAGACUUCUGAAAUUAUUAUUAAUGUCAAUCUUAAAUUCAAAAAAGCUAAAAGUCCAUUAACAGUUACAUCAGCGGAACUUGUUUCUCCAGAAAUAACGGUAUCAAAUAGUCAACUACCCCCCCAAGUACCUAAACCAGAAGGUACGGGGAAAGCAAAAAAAGUGAAAACGAGGAAAUCAAGCACUGACUCCUCGGAUUCUGGUUCAAAGAAGAAGACAAUUAAAAGACGAAGUAAAUCUGUCAGUUCUACAGACUCUGAUCAGGGGAACGAGGCAAACGAAAAAAAUACGGAAUCCAGUCCGUCACCUACAAAAAGUGCAACAAAAAACUCUUCCAGUAAUAAUUUACAAAAUGGUAACAUAAAUUUGGAACGUUCUAAAUCACGAGAAACUAACAGCCCAGAAUCAAGCAUUACUCUCUCUACGCAAUCCUCGAUCAGUGAAGACGAUACGGUCUCAAAAUCGAAAAUUAAUGAUACGUCAAGAACUUCGGCAGACGAAACGUCUAUUCCAACUGACCGUUCAGCAAAACAGGCAUCACCUGUUGGAAAUCAAAAGGAAGGUGGCACCGAAGAAGCCAAGUCAUUUUUGAUUCGAGCUUUAGCGCCGGUCACAAACCUUUUUAAAAUGAGACAUCAGGAUUCAACCGAUAACAAAACUUGGCCUGAAAAUUCCACCUCUGAAUCUACAGGAAAAGAUAUAUCCAAUCUAGUAACAGAGAGUGAGAAAUCGAAUAAAAACAAAAAUACCACAAAUAAUAUUAUUGCCUCCAAUGAAGAUAAUAUUGUCAAAUUAAAAGCCAUCAGACACAUCGAAUCUGGAGAAAGAGCCUGGUGGUUAGAUUCGCAAUCAGACAAGUUAAAUUCCCAAAGUACUAACAAAUCACCGUCAGAAAAAAAUAUACCAAAGAAAAUUAGACAUAUUGAAUCAGGCGAAAGGGCUUGGUGGCUUGAAUCGAAUGGCAGUGAAAAUACAACAGAAAAUAGUUGCCAACAAAAUUCAUCUGAAAAUGUAGGUAAACAAUUUAAAAAAUGUAAAUUCGUUGAAGACGAAAAGCCAUGGUGGUUAGAUAGUUCUGCUAACAUACCAGAAGGCGUGGAACAGUUAACACCUCCCAGAAAAUCAUCUAGUGAUAGUGACAAAAGUGAGAAAUUUAACUUCUAUAAAAUCCGCCACAUAGAAUCAGGGGAGCAAAAAGAUUGGUGGCUCUCGAGCAAUGAUAAUUCUUUAAACAGUAAUAAACUGGAGGGACAAAAUACCCAAAACAGUCUUAGUAAAUCAGGAUCUGACCAACGAGGUUUUCCAUUAAGACGAAUUCGGCACGUGGAAUCAGGUGAACGUCCUUGGUGGUUGGCAAGUGAUAAAAAUAUACCCGAAGGUAUAGAAAAAUUGCCUACUCCCCCACCUCAACAAGACAGUGAUAGCUCUGAUUAUGAAGAGGUGCAAGAAGGAGUCCUGAAGGCUUAG